UAUCCUGAACUUGAACAUGCACUCCAAGAAUGGUGUUUGCAUUCACAAGCUAAAACACUUGCAAAAAUGCUUAAUAUACCUGAUGAUACAUUGUCAUUUUCCACUGGGUGGCUUCAAAGCCUUAAGAAUAGAAACAAUUUGAAAAGAUACCAAUUACAUGGAGGAAGUGGUUCAGCUGAUAUUAGUGCAAUUGAAAAUGCCCUUCCUGAUCUGAAAACAGUCAUCAGCACCAUUAAAUCUGAAGAUGUAUAUAACAUGGAUGAAACUGGACUUGAACCUGAUAAAACUUUAGCAACCAAACAACUUGAGGGAAAAAUCAAUACGAAUAGUCUUGGAGUUGUCUAUAGAGCAAAUGGUAAAGCAUGGAUGACAGCAGUUUUGUUUCAAGAAUGGUUAAAACAAUUUGAUGAAAGAAUGAAUGGUAGAAGAGUGUUAUUGCUACUUGACAAUGCACCCUGUCAUAUAGUUAGAGGAAUGGAAUUGCAAAAUACACAGGUUAAGCUCUUACCACCUAAUUGCACAUCAAGGCUUCAACCUUGUAUUAUUGAUUUUAGUAAUGAAGAAGAAAUAGAGCAAGAAAGUGAGAAUGAAUUAGUUGCUGUCAUAGAGAGGGGUGUUGCGGCCUUAAGAAAUCCUAUUACAACAGAAAAUUUUUUAAACCCUGUUAAAGAAAGUGAAACAGAAGAGCCUUUAGAUGAUGUGUCAAUUAUUUGUUUAGUUCAGGAGGAAAACAAUGAUGAAAAUCAGAAUGAGGAAGAAGAUAGUGAUGAAGAAAGUGGGUUACCUGCUAUUCCUAUUAAUGAAGGAUUAGAAGCUUUAGAAAAAGUUAUGACUUGCUUGUUGCAGCAACAUAAAGACUGUCCAGAUGAGAUUAAAAAAUUAACUAGUGAAGUUGUUGGUGAUCAAACCUAUGUAAUAUAA